CUCUGGCAUUCACUGUCCCGAACCGAGGUCUAUCAUUCAUCACUUCCUAUUCUAGUGCCAAUGUGCGGAGGCCCAAUGUUGAUAGAUGAAUCAAAACAUCUUUAUACCCCAAAAGUUCCAUGACAUUGUGCUGUGAUGCUUCCUGACGAGUUUCCCCCUGAAUACAUCAUAGAAGCCAUCGACAGCAUGGCGCCAACCGAUCUCAAAGCGAAGGGGUCCGGGUCCCCCAAGCCCAAAGUGAUCCUCUUUGACAUUGGCGGCGUCUGUGUCGUCUCCCCCUUCCAAUCCAUCCUCAACUACGAACUCCGCCACUCCAUCCCCCCAGGCUGGAUCAACCACUCCAUCUCGCGCUCCGCCCCCACGGGGUUCUGGCACCGUCUCGAAACCGGUUCGAUCCCCAUGGACGCCUCCUUCUUCGCCGGCUUCAACCGGGACCUGCACAACCAAUCCCUCUGGGAAUCCUUCUACCGGUCUCAACAAGCCAAGCACCCCUCCCGUUUCCCCCCUUCUCCUGGUUCCUCCCCAAUUCCACCUAUCCCCCAGAUCGACGGCGAGUGGUUGUUCCACGACAUGAUGGAGCACGCCCGAGCUCCGGACCCGUGGAUGUUCCCCGCCCUCAAAAAACUGAAAGAGGACGGGAGGUUCGUCGUGGCGGCGCUGAGUAACACGGUUAUCUGGCCCGAGGGACACAAGUGGGCGGAGAAGGACUUCUUCAGUGAUCCGUUGCGGCAGCUGUUUGAUGUGUUUGUUUCGUCGGCGCAUGUGGGGUUGAGGAAGCCGGAUCCGAGGAUUUAUCAGCUGGCGCUGGAGAAGGUGGAUGAGUUUGCGCGGGCGAAUGCUAACUCCGAAAGGGGGAAGAGGGGUGGCUGGGGGGAGGGCGUGAGGGCGGAGGAUAUUGUGUUUUUGGAUGAUAUUGGGGAGAACCUGAAGGCGGCGAAGAAGGCUGGGUUUAGGACGAUCAAGGUUGGGUUGGGAAGGGCGUUUGAGGCGGUUGAUGAGCUGGAGAGCGUCACGGGGUUGAAGUUGGCUGGGGAUCACCCGAGGAUUGCGGUGAAGCCGGACUUUAGUGCUGCGAAGGAGGCGAAGGCCAAGUUGUGAUGAUCUUGAUGAUGUGAAUGUGGUGUAUGAGACUAGACUAGUUGAUGAAAUGAAGAGAAAUUCCAGGUUA